GCGGCCGGAGAGGCGGGGCGGCCCCGGGGAUGCGGGGAGGGGCCCAUGGAGGAGCCGGACUACUUCGGAAGCAGCGCGGCCGAGUGGGGGGACGAUUCUGCCGCCGGUCCCGCCGCCGACGGAGGAGCGCAAGAUGAUGAGUAUUGCGAAGAGGAUGAUGCUGAAGUCCAGCAGGAAUGUUUGCACAAAUUUUCCACCCGAGAUUACAUAAUGGAGCCUUCUAUUUUUAAUACUUUAAAAAGGUAUUUCCAGGCAGGUGGCUCUCCAGAGAAUGUCAUCCAGCUCUUAUCAGAGAACUAUACUGCCGUAGCUCAGACAGUAAACUUGCUGGCAGAGUGGCUCAUUCAAACAGGUGUUGAACCAAUUCAAGUCCAGGAGACUGUGGAAAACCACUUAAAAAGCUUGCUCAUUAAACACUUUGACCCUCGAAAAGCAGACUCCAUUUUCACAGAAGAAGGAGAGACUCCAGCAUGGCUUGAGCAAAUGAUAGCACAUACUACGUGGAGGGACCUCUUCUACAAAUUGGCUGAAGCUCAUCCAGAUUGCCUCAUGCUAAAUUUUACUGUCAAGCUUAUCUCUGAUGCUGGAUACCAGGGAGAGAUAACUAGUGUAUCCACAGCAUGCCAGCAGUUAGAAGUCUUUUCUCGAGUUCUACGUACCUCCCUGGCCACAAUCUUAGAUGGUGGAGAAGAAAACCUGGAGAAGAAUCUGCCUGAGUUUGCUAAAAUGGUGUGCCAUGGAGAACAUACAUACCUCUUUGCCCAAGCAAUGAUGUCCAUAUUAGCCCAGGAAGAGCAAGGUGGUUCUGCUGUGCGCAGGAUUGCUCAAGAGGUUCAGCGGUUUGCUCAUGAAAAAGGCCAUGAUGCCAGUCAGAUCACCUUAGCUCUGGGAACUGCUGCCUCCUACCCGCGGGCCUGCCAAGCCCUUGGCGCCAUGUUAUCGAAAGGAGCUCUGAACCCAGCAGAUAUCACAGUCCUGUUCAAAAUGUUCACGAGCAUGGAUCCCCCUCCAGUAGAACUGAUUCGAGUGCCUGCUUUCUUAGAUCUCUUCAUGCUGUCUCUGUUUAAACCUGGUGCUAAGAUCAAUCAGGACCAUAAGCACAAAUAUAUCCAUAUUUUGGCAUAUGCAGCUAGUGUUGUAGAAACAUGGAAAAAGAACAAGAGAGUGAGCAUAAAUAAAGAUGAGCUCAAGUCUACUUCAAAGGCUGUUGAAACGGUUCAUAAUCUCUGCUGUAAUGAAAAUAAAGGCGCUUCUGAGCUUGUGGCAGAACUAAGCACUCUUUACCAGUGUAUCAGGUUUCCCGUAGUCGCAAUGGGGGUACUGAAAUGGGUUGACUGGACAGUGUCAGAGCCCCGCUAUUUCCAGCUCCAGACGGAUCAUACUCCAGUGCACCUGGCGCUGUUGGACGAGAUCAGUACAUGCCAUCAACUGCUUCACCCUCUGGUCUUGCAGCUCCUUGUCAAACUCUUUGAGACGGAGCACUCUCAGCUUGAUGUCAUGGAACAGCUGGAGCUCAAAAAAACCCUGCUGGAUCGGAUGGUCCACUUGCUGAGUCGAGGAUACGUCCUUCCCGUGGUCGGCUAUAUUCGCAAGUGUCUUGAGAAGCUGGACACCGACAUCUCCUUGAUUAGAUACUUUGUGACCGAGGUACUGGAUGUGAUUGCUCCCCCAUAUACCUCUGAUUUUGUGCAGCUUUUUCUCCCAAUCCUGGAGAAUGACAGCAUUGCAGGCACCAUUAAAACAGAAGGCGAGCAUGACCCGGUCACGGAAUUCAUAGCACAUUGCAAGUCAAACUUCAUCAUGGUCAACUGAAACAGAAAAGAGCUGGAGUCCUGAUUCCAUGGGCGGUUCCUCCGUAGCGUGUUGAAUUAUAUGGAUGGCAUUGAACAAGAAGCAAGGGACUGUUUGGCAAUUCAGGUUACUUGUGGACUUUGCACCAGUGAAAUUAAAAUUUACUUUAUUUAGGGAACAAGGUUUUUUUCAUGAUUUCAGAGAAUCAGUUGAUUUGCCAGGCCCCAAAUCAUAAGCAUUUUGUAGAGCAGUGUGCAAUGGUCUGUGUGUUCUUGUGACUACAGGUUCAAGACUUGUGUUUGUCUAGCAAAAUGGAAAGCGGGCGAUGCAACAGCUGGCAGAAUUGCUCCUAAAGAUGUUUCCUGUGGGGGCACGCUUUGAUUUCAGACAUCGGAGAAUCUCUGCACUUACCCUCAUAAAGCAUGUAACAAGUGGACUGGAAAUGUGUCGCAUGGAUAGCUUGUAGAGACUGUUGGAUUCCUAGCAAUCCUGUAGAAUCUCUUGACAAAGCUGUUGUUCUAUUUACCUCUCCCAUCCAGAAGUGUCUGGUCUGAAUCUGGUAAUGGACGAGCUGGGUCAUCUGGUUAAAUCAGUUAAUCAGCUGUUAGUUAUCUGUGGCAGAGCAGUUGUGUUGCAUUGCAGGUUCCCUUUUUAAAACAGUAACUCAUUCAGCACAGAUAUUUACAUAUUAACCACUAGUUCUCUGCAGGACCUUUUGAAGAAAUGUCGUUCCUUUGUGUAUAUAUGUUUUUAAAAGAUAACCAUUACUAGAUGUUCCAGUACUACAUAAAAACAGCUAUUGUUAAAUGAUCUGGAUGUGUAGGACCAAUGUAGCACUCUGUAGGUUGAUACUGCCUUUUCACUAGCCAAGUGUAGCAAGGAAUAUGAAGAGUUUUAAUAAAUUUUGGUUUUUUUGGAAA